UGACAACCGGUCGCCGGGCACAGCCGUCCAGGGCGCUAUCCCCGCGCGCUCCAAUGGGACGAGAGACGCCAGCCCCAGGGUAACCAGAGGCGCGUCGCGGGCCGCGCGCGGGAAGCUGUGAUCCGGGACCGGUGCCCGCUCUGAGGCGGCCGCAGCGACUCGACCCCGCCGCACAGGCCAGAGGAGCCCAUCUUGCAGCUCUCAGGUUUCUGUAGAAUGCUGUAAACGAUUGUCACAGUUGGUUUUCAAGUCGUAGAAAGAGUUGCAACUUCUCCUUUGUAACAGAACUUUUCUGGUUGCAUUCAAUGCCUAACAUUGCAGAAGCAGAAAGGGCAAAUGAUUCUGGAAAUGGUGAGCACAAAUCCGAGAGAAAGUCUCCUGAAGAGGAUCUACAAGGUGCUGUUCAGUCUUUCUGCACUCGUGCCUCGGGGACACCCUUGGGUCACAAAGGAGAUGGUCAUUACCCGUGGAGCUGUCCAGUGACCCACACUCGGGAGAAAAUUUAUGCCAUCUGUUCAGACUAUGCGUUUCUCAACCAGGCAACCUCAAUCUAUAAAACUCCAAAUUCAACCCGCUCUUCUUGCCUCCCUGAUAAUACCUCUUUACCUGCUGGAAAUAAUCCGUCAAGAUACAUUGGCAUCCCAACAAGUACAUCGGAAAUCAUCUACAAUGAAGAAAAUAGCUUGGAACACUUAUCCAGUAGCCUGGGCAAGCUACCUCUUGCAUGGGAAAUCGAUAAAUCUGAAUUUGAUGGGGUGACCACAAAUUUGAAACACAAAUCAGGCAAUGUAAAGAAACAAGUUUCCAAGAAAAAAACUUCAGAUAAAAAAGGAAGACAUCAAAGGGAGUGGCCUCAGUAUUCUCCUCUUGAAGAUAUUAAGCAGCGGAAAGUACUAGAUCUCAGAAGAUGGUACUGCAUAAGCCGCCCACAAUAUAAGACUUCUUGUGGUAUCUCCUCAUUAAUUUCGUGUUGGAAUUUUUUAUAUAGCACACUGGGAGCUGGAAAUCUUCCAGCUAUUACCCAGGAAGAAGCUUUACAUAUUUUGGGCUUUCAACCCCCAUUUGAAGAUAUUAGGUUUGGCCCCUUCACUGGAAAUACAACACUUAUGAGGUGGUUUAGACAAAUUAAUGACCACUUCCAUGUAAAAGGAUGCUCGUAUGUUCUAUAUAAGCCUCAUGGGAAGAAUAAGACAGCUGGAGAAACUGCUUCAGGGGCCUUGUCGAAGUUAACUCAUGGAUUGAAAGACGAAUCGCUGGCUUAUAUCUAUCAUUGCCAAAAUCAUUAUUUUUGUCCAAUUGGCUUUGAAGCAACCCCUGUGAAAGCUAAUAAAGCAUUCAGCAGGGGCCCCCUCUCACCACAAGAAGUAGAAUAUUGGAUCUUAAUUGGAGAAUCAAGUAGAAAACAUCCUGCUAUUCACUGUAAAAAGUGGGCAGAUAUUGUUACUGAUCUCAACACUCAAAAUCCAGAAUAUCUAGACAUCCGACACUUGGAGAGGGGGCUGCAGUACCGAAAAACAAAGAAGGUUGGGGGAAAUUUGCAUUGCAUCAUAGCAUUCCAGAGACUUAAUUGGCAAAGAUUUGGCCUUUGGAACUUUCCAUUUGGAACGGUGAGACAAGAAUCACAGCCUCCAACACAUGCCCAGGGAAUUGCCAAAUCGGAGAGUGAAGAUAAUAUCUCCAAGAAGCAGCAUGGGCGUCUGGGUCGGUCUUUCAGUGCUAGUUUCCAUCAGGACUCAGCAUGGAAAAAGAUGUCCAGUAUCCAUGAGAGAAGGAACAGUGGCUAUCAGGGUUACAGUGAUUAUGAUGGGAAUGAUUGACCAUGCUGGGUACUGAACAUUUUGUGUUACACACAUGAAUGGUCUAUACAAGACUGCAUUAAGACAGUAGAAGUUUUAUUAAGUCUACACUAAAUAGGAACAGAUCUUGUGGUAUAAAACAUACCCUUGUAGUUCUCCAGUAAAUAAGCUUGUAUAUGAUUAUGAUGGGAGAUUUCAGAUAUGUAAGCAGAUAAGCACAGAUUACUGUCCUUUUAAAGUUAAGAGUAUGAAAACAUUAUGGACAAUUUUACAAAAUCCAACAAAUUGCAUAUAAAGAAAUCAAACACAAAUUUACUUAAUAGCAUCAUGAUUUGCAAUACUUAAGCAUGAAAUUAUUUCCUAUGACUUAAUCACCAGACAUUUGUUGCAGAUUGUUUUAUUCCUAAACUCAAGAUGUAAGGCACCAUCUGCCCUUUUAAACAAAAUUGGGGCUGUUGAUUUCUAGUUUCCUCUCAUGGUUAAAACUCAUUUAAAAUUUAGUGAAUCUAGAAUUCUUUUACUUGUACGCAGUAUUUUACCUGCCUCAUUUGUUUCCUGACUAACUUUCUCAGGAUCCUCAAUAAAGAGGCAAAAGAGAAGACUCAAGAAAGUCAUCUUUUCUAUUGGUGCAUUGAUUCAGGAUAUUCUUGACUUUUUUGACUUGGUAUCUUAGUGUACAAUAUUGGCAAGAUUUUCAGGUCUUGAGAGCUCUCUUUCUACAAUGAUCCUUGUUUUGGGAUAGAAUAAAAAAAACAAGUGGGAUCCAAAGUUUCUACUUCCAAGGUAAUCUGUGAAAUGAGAUCUUGUGAUAUUUGAUUAGUCCCUCAGCGUGGAGUCCUAUGUUGUUAACAGCAUUAAAGAUGCAUUAGGAAUGUUAUGUCACUCAGAGCGCAAAUAUCCAUAUUCCCAACUCUGAGCUGCUUCUUUUAAAAAUCUGUACAAUUAGCUGUUUGAAGUGAGUGUUAAGUAGUUCCAAAAGAGUGGAUUUCAUGUAUUUGAGCUCCUGUCUAGUUGAUGUCAAUUUUUCUUCUCUGCCAACCUAUGACUUGUUUCAUUUAGGGGCUGUUCCAUGACUCAGAUCAGUAACUUGAUUAUGACAAGGUGCUGAAUAUGUUGGUAACCAUAUUGCAAUACACCUCAAGAAGAGGGUUCAGAUUUUUAUUUUUAAAAUAUUUUCAUUUUCUUCUCUUUUGAAUUUUAUAUCCAUUUAUCCACUCAGACAUACCUAGCCUACAGACAGGGAUAUAUAUUAUGAAAUGGUCAUUUUUCUGAAGAGAAUAUUUUGCGUGAAAUGCAAAGGACCGAAAGAGAUUUGUAGGUUGUUGAUUUUGUUACUUCACACUGGAACUUUUAAGAAGUUUUCAUCAAAUAAAGUUUUGUUUUCUACUUUUAAUAAUGUGGAUGUUUUGAACCUUUAUUUUAGGUAGGGAUUACCCUUGGAAUUCUGUGUGAAGUAUGUGACAAUAGCGCCUGAGUAGUGUGUUAUAAGAAACUA